UGUUCUACGAAUCGUUCAUCCACCCAUUAAAGAGCACUUACUUUUGACAACUCCGAUCGUGAUUGUUGUGACAGGGACAAAAAAAGAAAACAACAAGAAACUUGUUUUACUUGAAGCGCAUUUAUUUCGAAAUUUGUAGAAAAAGUGUCUAGAAACGUGAAAUUUUGUCGAAUUAAAUUCACAUUUAAAAGAUUAAUUUCGUGAGAAAGGCGCUUAUUGCUAGCGCUGACAAAAUGAAGUUCCAGUACAAGGAGGAACAUUCAUUUGAAAAAAGAAAGGCUGAGGGAGAGAAAAUUCGACGAAAAUAUCCUGACAGAGUUCCUGUAAUUGUUGAGAAAGCACCAAAGGCGAAAAUUAGUGAUUUGGAUAAACAGAAAUAUUUGGUACCAUCAGAUUUGACUGUAGGUCAAUUUUAUUUUUUGAUUCGUAAACGAAUUCAUCUUCGUCCUGAGGAUGCUCUUUUCUUUUUUGUAAACAACAUCAUUCCACCGACAAGUGCCACAAUGGGUUCGUUAUAUCAGGAACAUCAUGAAGAGGAUUUUUUCCUUUACAUAGCGUAUAGCGAUGAAAAUGUGUACGGGCACUAAUUAUAUUCGAAAAAUUCUAUUUUCGACAAAAAUUAUCUUCAUUGAAUACGAAAAGAAAGAAAA